AUGUCUUGUGUAGCACAAAAGACUGUACCAACCUUUACUGUCUUAACUGUACCUACCUGGACUGGACUAAAGACAUGUCUCUUUUGGAAAUCCAUGUCAGGAGACAAAGGAGCAAAGGAGAGAGAAAAGUGGCAUGACGCGUUGCUGUCUCGUUUUGACGGUGAAACGGGCGCGGCGUCUGUUUUGUCAGAGCUGCCUCUCGCAAAGCUUCAAUCAAUGAAUCUUCAACAAUUAUCAACCUUAAGUCGCAGCCGUGCUGUCGGCAGACUCGCCUAUGUCUCGAAUCGCUGCUAUACCCGUCCUUCGAUAGCCCCAAAGCCUACCGUCGAUAUCAGACACAUCCGCAAUGCCCCGGGCCUGUACGAGCAAAACUGCGUAGCCCGCAACUACAAGCAGCAGUCGAAAAACUCAUGGCGCAUUCUUGAGCUACACGACAAGUUGCAACUGCAGCAGCGACACUCGAGGAACUUGCGCGAACGCAACAAUGCCUUGCGACGUCAACUGGCAAACCCGGCCACAAGGCAGGACCCCGAUCUGCUCGAACAGGCAAAGCAGCUGAAGGCCGAGCUCGCAGAGAUCGAUGCUCAAGACAAGCAGAUGAACGAUGAGAUUGAGGAGCUGGCGCUGGCACUUCCCAACCUAAGCAGUCUAGAGACUCCGGAAGGUGACGUGCCAUCCGUCAAGGAAUACAUCAACGAGCAUCCCGAUCGCAACCCUUCGCCCUCGGAUCGCGUCUGGCGCAACCACGUCCAUGUCGGCUCAGAGCUCGACAUGCUCGACUUUACUGCCUCGGCAACCACUUCAGGCUGGGGUUGGUACUUCCUCAAGAACGAAGCCGCUCUCCUCGAACAAGCUCUGAUUCAAUACGCUCUCACUGUCGCCAUGAAGCGCGGCUGGAAAGUCGUUUCUCCUCCAUCAAUUGUUUACUCUCACAUUGCUCAUGCUUGUGGCUUCCAACCUCGCGACCAAAAUGACGAACAACAAAUUUACGCCAUCACCCAGCCAGAAAAAGACAAGAACAAGCCUACGCUAUGUCUAGCUGGAACAGCCGAGAUUCCCUUCGCAGGUAUGAAGGCAAAUACAGUCAUCGAGGAAGCAGACCUGCCGUUGAAGAUCAUCGGUGCCUCCCGCUGCUACAGAGCAGAAGCCGGUGCCAGAGGCAUCGACACAAAGGGCCUCUACCGCGUCCACGAAUUCACAAAAGUCGAAAUGUUCGCCUGGACAAUGCCCGACAAUGUGGGCGACGACCAUUUCUCAGAGCCCACGCCUUCACCCUCAGAAACCCUCUUCGACGAGAUGGUCUCCAUCCAANAAGAAAUCCUCCAAACCCUAGGUUUGCAUUGUCGAGUUCUGGAAAUGCCUACUACAGAACUAGGUGCCUCCGCAACCCGUAAAAUCGAUAUUGAAGCUUUCUUCCCCUCGCGCAGAGAAAAGGACGAAGGAUGGGGUGAAGUCACUUCCGCAUCCAUUUGCACGGACUAUCAAACCAGACGUCUAGCCACCCGCGUCAAGACCGAAAAGUUUGGACGCAAGCACGAGUGGCCGUACACCGUCAACGGCACAGCCCUCGCGGUCCCCAGAGUUCUCGCUGCUAUCAUGGAAGCUGGUUGGGAGGAGAGCAGCAAGAGUAUGCUUAUUCCUGAAGUGUUGAGACCUUUUAUGGGUGGGUUGGAGAGGAUCGAGAGAAGUAAUCGUAUUAGCAUUCAGUAA